GGCUUCACCCAUCACUUAAAGUUUGCUUAUUUAGUUAUUUGGCUUCUAGGCUUAAUAUUAGUAACACGGUGGCUUUAGGGAACUUUUCUUUUUAAAAAGCUUCCCUCUUCUACCCACAUAGUCUUAUUUGAGCCCCUUAGUCAGUCAGUAAGCAUGUUUGGAACAGCACCCAGUGCUUUGCGAGGGUUCAUAUUGCAGAACAGUCAUGUAUGGGUAUUUGUAGUUACAAAUACUUGACCAGCCUCCAGGGGUGGGGCUUCCAACCCUUUAAGCAACCCUGUUGCCUGUUAUCAAGCUAACUUUUUGUUCUCGGUGCCAGAGUUGAUUGUGGUAAGACAUCUUUCACUGAGAAAUAAUUAAAAUGGAGCAUAAUGGGUCGGCUUCAAAUGCUGAUAAAAUCCACCAGAAUCGCCUGUCGAAUGUGACAGAAGAUGAAGACCAAGAUGCCGCUCUCACCAUUGUGACUGUGCUGGACAAAGUCGCUGCCAUCGUGGACAGCGUGCAGGCCAGCCAGAAGAGGAUAGAGGAGAGACACAGGGUGAUGGAGAAUGCCAUCAAGUCCGUCCAGAUUGACCUGCUCAAGUUUUCACAGUCACACAGCAACACAGGCUAUGUCAUUAACAAGUUGUUUGAGAAAACCCGAAAGGUCAGUGCUCACAUUAAAGAUGUGAAGGCCCGGGUGGAGAAGCAACAAACUCACGUUAAAAAAGUUGAAGCUAAGCAAGAAGAAAUAAUGAAGAAAAACAAAUUCCGUGUGGUCAUAUUCCAGGAGGAGGUUCAGUGUCCGACGUCCCUGUCUGUCGUGAAAGACAGAAGCUUGAUUGAGAGUCCAGAGGAGGUGGAAGAAAUCUUUGAUACCCCAGUUGAUCUGUCUUCGGAUGAAGAAUAUUUUGUUGAAGAGAGCAGGUCUGCCAGGCUAAAAAAGUCAGGCAAGGAGCGCAUUGAUAACAUCAAAAAGGCGUUUUCCAAAGAAAACAUGCAGAAGACGCGGCAGAAUUUUGACAAGAAAGUGAACAGAAUUAGGACUAGAAUAGUGACCCCAGAGAGGAGAGAGCGGCUGAGGCAGUCGGGGGAGAGACUGAAGCAGUCAGGGGAGAGGUUUAAGAAAUCUAUUUCCAAUGCAGCUCCCUCAAGGGAAGCUUUUAAGAUGCGUAGCCUUCGGAAAACCAAAGACCGAGCAGUGGCUGAGGGUCCAGAAGAGGUCAGGGAGAUGGGGGUGGACAUCAUUGCCAGGGGCGAGGCUCUAGGCCCCAUCAGUGAGCUCUACCCCGAGGUGCUCAGUGAAACAGACCCUGAGGAGGCCAGUGCCACGCAUCCUCCCCAAGAAGGCGGGAAGGUCUCGACCCCCGAGCCUCUAAAAGUUACUUUUAAACCCCAGGUGAAAGUAGAGGAUGAUGAAUCUCUUUUGCUAGAUUUAAAGCAGUAAUUAUAAAGAGGAAUUAAGUAUAUUAUAAGCGUAAGUCUCCUUAAUCAUACAAUCUUAGUUUAAUUAGUAUAGUCAUUUACAUGUACAUGCCAUAUAAGAAAACAUAAAUGAUAUGCUUGUUUCAUUUUUAGGUUUAAAAUAUUCAAGAUAAUAAGUUAUUAAUAUACAUUUCCUUGUAACUUCCUGGGUAAUUUUUUUUUUUCCCUCCCCUGGAGAACUUUUUUUUUUCUCUCCUCCCCCAGGGCUUAUUUGAUUCUAUCAGCUUUCUCUCUUAGGUCACUCUCAUGGCAGCUGUGGAUUUUUAAGUUCAUUUCUCUUGCCCAUCAAAAAAAAUAAGUUUCCUAGUGAGGGCCAAUUAGGUGUUUGUCUAGUCUACAACAAAUGAAGGGCAAAUUUGUGGCCAUGAUUUAUUUGCAAGUCAACUCUUGAUUUUGGUCUAGAUUAAUACAAGGGGAAUAACUCAUGUGUGGAUUUUAUCUGUUCAGAUCAAUAGAUUUGUUAGUAAAUUAGCAGUCACACCCCUUUUUGAUGCCUUUGCAUAAAAACAUGGAAGUGCUGGACUCGAACACUCGGUUCUGGCAUCGGAGCCUUGCUUGUAGCAAGCUACUCAGCAAGAGUUCUCCUAAUCGUCUGGUUAGUGAAAUGAAGAGAGUUCACCUGUCCUGCCCACCCCAGAGGACUGCUAUGAAGAUUAAUGAAAUGUUACACAUUCUGGGGGGAGCAAGAACCAUUUCCAGAGAAAAGAAACCCCACCGGUUCCUCAGAAACAGAAUCAAAAUACUUACAUCUUCUGAAAAAGCCCUGAGCUUCAAGCAGUAAGGACCUAGGUGGGACAGACACUAAAGUUGGUUUUCCUUUUCACAGAAUCAGGAAUGAAAAAUAAAGGUUUGGGUGACAUCUUUUGCAUCAGAGACUAAACCCAGAUCUUGGGUUUGAGUUGGGUCUUAAAACAUUUCCUAGGAAAUUCUUCUCUGAUUAUCUUCUGCACAGAUCUCUGGUGGACUAGGGCAGCGUGUUUGAGCAUCAUGAAUUCUGCAACUGUGGCUGUACCUUCAAGAGGCCUCUCUAAAGCCAGACCUUGUGCAAUGUUUGGAAAAGACCUCAAAUGUUUCUGAUUCUAAAACAGUGUUCAGGGAGUUCAUCACAGCUGCUUUGGGAGGAAGCCAGAUUCUACCUGUCAGCUGUAAAUCUAACUGAUCAGCUAAGUAGCUGAUCCAGAAGUAGAUAUUAUUGUUAAAGAGAAAAAUGAUCAUACUGGUUCUUCAAUAAUGUAUGUUUAAAUCUUUUGAUUUGAGAAAGGGAAGAAAUGGAAUUAUGGGAUUUGAAGAAUUUGAAGAGUUUUGGACAACAGUUAGCUUUCAGAUCAGUUUUAGAUGCUCUGGUAGUAACUAAAAAUUGUACACGCACACACACAAAUCAGCUUUAAAAUAUUUAACUGAGUUAUCCAGCUAUUUGGGUUUGGGAGUUUGAUUCAGUAUCAUUUCCUCUUCACUGUGUGUGAAUACAUAAAAUAGUGAAUUGUUCCUCUCAUUAUCUUUUUAUAAAGUGUAUACAGCUUUGAACAAUACUUCAAAAGGAAUAAUUUUCAAAAUGUUAUGGUUUAGCAACAGCUUGGAUGCCUAAUCAAAUAUUUCCUUAAAGCCAUAAUAAAUUUGAAUUAAAAAAGGUACUAAUACAAAGUUUGAUGUCAUUUUCCUGUUUGUAAAUAUUUUUGCUGAUAAUGAAAGCAAACAAUAUGGCAUGAAUUUGAUAUAGUAACCCUGCUUAUGAUAGAUAUGUUUCUAGGUUAAGCAGAAUGUAAAGAAGUUACAGGCUGUUUUUUCUGGCACCAUGCAGAGUAAUGGAGAAGGAAGUGGCAACCCACUCCAGUAUUUGUGCCUGGAAAAUUCCAUGGACAGAGAAGCCUGGUGGGCUGCAGUCCAUGGGGUCGCAGAGAGUUGGCCAUGACUGAGCACAUCAGUACAGUAUGUAGAGUAAAUAUCAAUUGAACUAACUUUCUUUUUUUUUUUUUGCAGAUACCACUGUCAAGUAAUUUCUGUCAAGUCCUUUUGCUUACUGACUCACUAUAUAACCAGGCUUUACAUGUUAAUGGAAUGUUGCCCACAUAGGUCCGUCUGAAUGUUGACGUAGAAGACAUUGUAGCCUGGUCAGCUCUUCAUCAUGGUGGACUUUGAACAAUUUCCAUGUUCCCAGAGGUUCAUUGUAACUUUUUACAUUUAUUUUAGGCUGUGCUAGGUCUUCCUUGAUCUACCGGCUUUCUAUAGUUGUGCCAAGUAGGGGCUACUACUCUCUAGCUGUGGUGUGGAGUCUUCUCAUUGUGUGGCUUCUCCUGCUGCAGAGCACGGGCCUCAGGCACAUGGGCUCAGUAGUUGUGGUGCACAGGCUUAGUCGCUCCAUGGCAUGUGCGAUCUUCCCAGACCAGGAAUCAAACCCGUGUCCCCUGCAUCGGGAGGCAGAUUCCUAACCACUGGACCACCAGGGAAGUCUGAUUCAUCGUACUUUACACUGCUUGUUUGGUACUAGGAUUUUCCCCUCUGUGUUCCUUCUGUCUCUGAACUUCUCCUCCCAUGUUUAGAGCAUUCCUCAAUUCCAUAUUCAUCAUUUUUUCUUUUACCCUGUUCUCUUGACACAAAGAAUGUCUGUUUAUUAUAUAGACUGCAAAAUCAAAUAUCUUCAUUUAAUGCAAGGAAUAAUUAUCAGCAUUUUCUCUUCUUAAAGUUUCAGACAACACAGAACAGAUUUUGUGCUUAUUGUACUCUUCUGUGUUUUUGAAAUUUUUGUUAGAUUUUAAACUGUUUAUUGUGAUUGCAGCCAUGAAAUUAAAAGACGCUUACU